UGUUGGCUGCUCCGCCCUGUGCUGCCGCUCUUCGCUCGCUCUUCUUCCCUCCCUCUCGGUGAGGUUGCGGGUCAGCGCGAGCCACUGCAGCGAAACCGUCGGCGGCGGCGCGAGCGGCGGGACCGAGCGGGCGCGGCGCAGGCGGCCACUGAGAGCGGCACUCGGCAGAUCCAGCUGCGGGGAGACUCCCAACACCCACCCGCCACCAUGGGAAAUGAGGCAAGCUAUCCUUUGGAAAUGUGCUCGCACUUUGACGCAGAUGAGAUUAAACGGCUAGGAAAGAGAUUUAAGAAGCUUGAUUUAGACAACUCUGGUUCUUUGAGUGUGGAAGAGUUCAUGUCUUUGCCUGAGUUACAACAGAACCCAUUAGUACAGCGAGUAAUAGAUAUAUUUGACACAGAUGGGAAUGGAGAAGUGGACUUCAAAGAAUUUAUAGAAGGAGUCUCCCAGUUCAGUGUCAAAGGGGAUAAGGAACAGAAGUUGAGGUUUGCUUUCCGGAUUUAUGAUAUGGACAAAGAUGGCUAUAUCUCCAAUGGGGAGCUCUUCCAAGUGCUGAAGAUGAUGGUUGGGAACAAUCUCAAAGACACUCAGUUACAACAAAUUGUAGACAAAACCAUAAUUAAUGCAGAUAAGGAUGGUGAUGGAAGAAUAUCUUUUGAAGAGUUCUGUGCUGUUGUAGGGGGCCUAGAUAUCCACAAAAAGAUGGUGGUAGAUGUGUGACUCUUUUUAGGGCACCACCCAACACUUUUGCUUUCUUCUCCAUCUCUGAAGAUCUGCUCAAGACGUCCAGCAACGCUCUCUGUGUAUUUAAAUGGAAGUAUUUUUCUCUGUGAAGCCACAUUUUCCAACAUGAGCCUCAUGAAGCCAACUAAGUGUUAUUGAACUUUAUUCUCUCAAUAACUCAGUGUAGCACUUUAAAGUCUGAAGGACAGCAAGAUGGAAAGAGCAUAUCAGUGUGGUGGAGAAAGGGAAGGGGUUGGCUUUUUAAUUUAUUUUUCUUCAUCUUUUAUAACAAGGAAAUAUCUAUCUAUAUAUAUAUAUGUGUGUCUAUUUAUAUAUAGAUAUAUAUGUAGCUUUCUAUAUGUAGUAGUUAGAUGGGCUUUAAUUUAAUAUACUUGAUUCAGAAACAAAACUAGAGUACAAAGUGCCAAGCAGAACAUUAACAGUUCAAUAUAUGGAUAUACAUCCUUACUUUUAUUUCACACAGUUUUAUAUUAUAUAUAUAUAUAAUAGAAGAAUGUAAAAAUUUAACAGGGUGUUAGGUCAACUGUUUUCCUUUUCCUGUGACUGUUCAGAUGUUUCUAUAUGUUGACUGGCUGACAAAGCAUUGCUUCCUGUUAAUUAACCUUAAUUACAUUUUUGUAACACAGGAGACUGUUUAUUUAUACCUGUUAAUAUAUUACCAGGGACUGUCUCUCUUCGCUAAAUAACUUGUAGUACAACUCUGCUUAAUAGUAUGAGAAAAUAUAGUUUAAUGCUAAUGCCAAGAACUAGUCCUUGUAUGCGUAUAGUAACUGCAGCAUGCUUAUAUGGUCACUUCAUUCUGUCACCUACUAACUGGGAGCAGUUGCAUCUAUUAAAUAGCCCUAAGGAUAUAUAAAUCAGCUGUGAGAUUCAUUUCAGAUACAACAGCUGAAGAUGUUUGAUGCAUUCAUGAUUUCUCUUGCACUUAGCUUAAUGAAAUUUAGGAUUGAUAUAAUUGUGCAGGAUUCCCAUUUACUCAUUUUAUACAUUACUUAGUGCGAUUAUAAAAUGUUUCUUGCCACUAAAUUUGUUUCAACCAUAACAGUUUCCCCUCUGCAUUUUAAAAAAGUACUACAGGUAGCAUAAAUAACUGGUAAUAUUUUAUAUAUAUCCCUAUAUCUAUAGAGAGAUAUAUGUAUAUAGGAUUCAUACGGGGGGAAAUCUUGUUAACCUAUGCCAUAGAGAAGGAGGAAAACUUCACGUUAUCUAAAUUUAUACCUCUUCCUCUUCUCCAGUCCUUCAAUUGGAGAAUUUUUUUUCUUUCCUAGAUUUGUCCAUAUCAUGAUUUCUAAUGGAUGGUAACUUGAUAUAUUUGUGUGAUAUAAAAGUAGCGAGCCAUGUUUUACAACUUUAUAUCAUCCCUUCCCUUUUCUGCAAUGGUACUAUUGGCUGGAAGAAAAACACAUUUACUAGAUUUUUAGGAUAGUACAUCUUUGCUGUAUAGCAGUUUUUCUAUUAAAAAAUGUUUUAUAAUCAACAGUGGAAAGGACAGGUUGUAUGAACCUACUUAAAUGGAGCACCUGUCUGCCAUAGCUGUUCCUUCAACUGAGUGCUGCACAUCAUGGGCUCUGUCUGUGAGAGAGAAAUCCAGGUGCUUGGUGUCCUUGCAUGACAUGAAGUUUUGCAUGUAGAUCGAAUUGAAAUGUUCCUCUUGUUUACAUAAUUUGCAUAAUUUAAAAAGAUAAUGUUGCCAAACUUUGGUAAAUGUUAAUGUUCAAACCGAAAAUCUCCACUACAUGUAACUUUCUUCCUCUGGAUCAGUCCGUGGCUUAUAAUCCCAGCCAGUGGUUGUAUCUGUUCCAUUGUCAACUGCCAUGUGCUCUGCUUCAAGGGGGAACUAGUCUUUUGUGAAUUUUUUGUACAUAAGUAUUUGUUACAAACAUUUUAGCAAAUGCUUUCUAUUUCUCUUACUUGCUUGUGCAUAUCUUGGCUGGCGUUCUAGAAAAUAGUGCUAUUGUUAUUUCCUUAUCGGGGGGAUAAGGGGUUUUUUUAGUUUGUGUGGGGAAAAUGGUUUAUGUUGAAUGUUUAGUUUUUCCUCUGCAUGCUACAUCAUAUGUUGUGGGAACUAUAGAACCUUCAUACUAUAUGAAUAAAAAAAUAAAAUAUUUGAACCUUG